UAUUUGGCCCAGAAAGGUCUUGCCUAUAUUUGUUGUCCGAUAGGUUUAGCUAGGCCUGCGAAGAUUAACCGAAGCAAUUUUUGAUUUCGGUUCAGGUUCGUAAAUUGGUUUAAUUAUAUCUAAAUCUAAACUAUACUAAAAGGAGAAUAUACUCCCCUUUAAAGCUAUCCACGUCAUCUAAUUAAAUCAUCCAAUAACAAUCAUUUUUUCUGCCACGUCUGCUAUGUUUCGGCUCAUCCCUUGGCCCAAAUUAAACUUCACAUCGAAAAGAGCCGUCUCUUCUCUUCAUCUCUUUUUUUUUGCUCAAACAUCUUUCCGUCUCUAUCUCUUCCUCCAUGUCUCUCUCUCUCGAUGAUGAAUCAACAAGGCCAUCCCGAGCCUGAUUCCGAACCUCCUCCGACGAUACCUUCGAGUCGGUGGGUGUUGAGAUGAGGAAUGGUGAAGAAACUAAAUGUGUUUUUCCCUCGACGAGUCUCCUUUGCAGUUUGGUGGGUUGAUUGAAAAGUUAAGGUCUUUUGAUCCUGUUUCGUGUUCUAAUUAUCUGUAGUUAAGGUUCUUUACUGAGAAAAUGUUUUGGGUGAUGCAGAUCUUUGAUAGUUUUCAGAGAAGUAUCAACUUUUAUUGAAUUGUCGCUCAUCUUCUUUUUAAUUAUCAAUAGGGUGACACAAAGGGAUCAGCAAAAGGUGGGGAUGCAAAUUCAAAGAAAGAUGGUCAAUCAAGCCAAAAUGGCCAGGUACAGACACCUGGUCUUUCAUAUACUCGAGUUCCUUCAAAAGCAUCAGCUUUACCCUGAUGAGCAGAUCCUCAAGUUCAAGAUCGAGCUUCUGAACAAGACCAACAAAAGUCUCCACCACACAGAAGACGCUCCCCAAGAUAUAAUAAUAUAUGGAGGAAGGGCUGCACCGCUCGUGACGUUCCUUUUGAACCCUAAUGUUGUCCAGGAGCUAAGAGGUGAUAAGCAAUACAAUCUCCAGAUGCUGAAAGAACGUUACCAGAUUGGUCCAGACCAGAUUGAAUGUGGGAAUUACUCAGCAUAAACUUGUGCCUGAAGAAACUGUGACGGUUAUUUACUCCCGCUGUGGUGAAAAAUUUUCAGUUUACAAGGUUUGUAUGCAAAGAUCAAUUUUUAACAUGUCCCACAUUUUUUUAGCUCAUCUAGAACUUUGCCACUUUCGUCAUUUUCAGGGUUCUGGUAACGAUUCUAUUACCCAGCAGUUUGAUGCUUGUGCUAGCUGGUGGACACAGGGGCCAGAUCCUGCUUUCCAGGUCAUCUGUGCCUAUUGUUUUGUAUCUUAAUGCUUAUCUUUUCUUGUGGUGAAUCUUCUGAAGUUUAUUUUGAAAUUUUCUUUAGGAGGUUGCAGGCUGAGCUAGCUAGAGAAAUGGCUUACACUGCUGCUAGGUUCGGGCAUGUUAUGUUCCCUGAGAAUGUAUAUGAACCUGCCUUGAAAUGUGCUGAGCUCUUGAUAGAUGGAGUGGGAAAAGGUUUCUUCUCUCACAUUGUUUCUAUUAUUUUUUUCAAGCAUUGAUGGGAGGGCUAAUUAGUUUUAUACAUGCAGGCUGGGCUUCUCUAGUGUACUUCUCAGAUAAUGGAUCCACAGCUAUCGAAAUUGCCCUGAAGAUGGCGUUUCGUAAGUUUUGUGUUGAUCAUGAGACCCUAUUGGAAUUUUCUGAGGGUAGAGAUGAGAAAAAACAUAUUGUGGUUAAGGUCCUAGCUCUUAGGGGGUCUUACCAUGGGGAUACUUUAGGAGCAAUGGAAGCACAAGCACCAUUACCUUACACAGGCUUCCUCCAGCAGCCCUGGUAUACUGGAAAAGGUCUGUUUCUGGAUCCUCCUACUGAUAUCCUCUUCAAUGGAGCUUGGAAUCUCUCUCUCCUUGAAUUUUUUGCUGAAAUAGUCCCAGAAGAAUAUGGAACCUUCAGCACUCGUGAUGAGAUUUUUGACAAGAGUAGAGACACAUCAACUCUUGCAACAACCUAUUUGGCCUAUGUAUCAAAACAGCUACAAGAGUAUUCUGGAAAUACACAAUCCGCCCAUGUUGGAGCACUGAUAAUAAUUCAAACUACUAUUUUAUUAAGGUGGCUGAUUGUAUCUGCAGUGAUCCAUGGUGCUGGGGGAAUGCACAUGGUUGAUCCUCUCUUCCAACGAGUUCUGGUCAACGAGUGCAGGAACAGAAAAAUUCCAGUAAUUUUCGAUGAAGUGUUCACAGGUUUCUGGCGUCUUGGAGUAGAGACUCCUGCCGAACUUCUCGGUUGCAAACCGGACAUAGCUUGCUACGCCAAACUGAUGACUGGUGGAAUGAUUCCUUUGGCUGUAACUCUUGCUACAGAUGCUUUGUUUGAUUCAUUUUCUGGAGAUCCAAAGCUUCAAGCACUGCUUCAUGGUCACUCAUACUCAGCUCAUGCUAUGGGAUGCGCAACAGCCGCCAAAGCCAUCGAAUGGUUCAAAGAUCCAGAGACUAACCAUAACAUCAUCCCACAAGGAGGAAUCUUAAGAGAGCUGUGGGAUGAAGAACUGGUGCAGCAAAUUUCAUGUCACAGUGCGGUUCAAAGGGUGGUUGUAAUAGGAACCCUUUUCGCUCUAGAACUUAAAGUAGAUGCUUCCAACUCCACGUAUGCUUCGUUGUACGUAAAGUCUCUUUUACAGUUGCUCAGGGAAGAUGGAAUCUUCAUGCGGCCUCUAGGAAACGUCGUGUACCUCAUGUGUGGCCCUUGCACGUCUCCUGAAAUUUGCCGGGAAUUGCUGUCUAAGCUCUACAUAAGGUUUGGAGAAUUUAAUAGGGUAUAGUACUCCACAUUGUUUUUAAUAUUGUAUUUAAUUAGAAAACAGUUUAUCCAUAAUUGUGUUCCAAUAUACAGAAGUCCAAAGCCAUAUAAGACUUAUUUACUAUAAUGUUAUCAAAAUUAUAUUAGAACAAAUUUACAAAAACAACAUAUAUACAUUCUAAGAA